AUGCAAACACAAGUAUAUGAGGGGUUGUGUGAAAAUUAUUUUUCUCUUGCUGAACCACAAAGACAUAGAAUCAAAGUGCUUCUUUUGGACAUACUGACUUUUUUUCUUUCUUUUUUUCUUCUGUCUCUUCUAUUUCUUGUGGAUAUUAUGGCUAAUAACACAACAAGUUUAGGGAGUCCAUGGCCAGAAAACUUUUGGGAGGAUGUCCUGACGUCCUUCACAGUGUCCAUUGCAAUUGUGCUCGUCAUCGCAGGGUUCAUCUGGGCUCUGUUUGUCUGUCUGUCCCGAAGAAGAGCCAGCGCCCCCAUCUCGCAGUGGAGCUCCAGCCGGCGAUCGAGGACUUCGUACCACCACGGCCUCAGCAGAACUGGAUUUUACCGCCACAGCGGCUGCGAGCGGCGGAGUAACCUCAGCCUGGCCAGCCUCACCUUCCAGCGACAAGCUUCCCUGGAGCAAGCAAAUUCCUUCCCCAGAAAAUCAAGCUUCCGGGCUUCCACUUUCCACCCCUUUCUGCAGAGUCCCCCACUUCCAGUGGAAACGGACAGUCAGCUGAUGACGCUGCCCGCCCGCCCCACGGUGCCCGCCGUCAGCGCUUCGCACAGUCUGGGCCGCCCUGAUUUCCACUGGUCCAGCCACAGCCUUCGCAUGGGCUUUUCCACACCGCCGCCGCCUGCCUAUGAGUCGAUUAUAAAGGCGUUCCCCGAUUCCUGAGGACCGGGCUUUUGUCUGUUUCUUCCUUUACUUGUCUUUUACGGACACAAAGUUGCAACCAGGCUAAACGGAAUUUUGAGGGCGUGGCCCAAACAGCGAAGGAGUCGCCGAGCUGAGUCCAUGCUUCCUAAGUUGGACAUUACAAUGUAAAUCAUAGUUUCUUUGAAUACGUGUUUUCCUUCCUCGUGACUCACAAAAUAGUGAUAUUUUCCAAAUAGUUAUCUAUUUAUGUAUUUUGUACUCAACGUGAAGGUUAUUCAAGACAGUGAUUCUUACCUAAGACUCAGCUGUGAUACCGAAUAUACAUGUGUGUGUAUACACACAUAUAUAUAUUUUAGACUAAAAUAAUUAAAACUUCAGAUAUUUGUGGUUUACAAUCCUCAUUCACUGUCCGAUGUGACUAUAAAGGGAAAAAAGUCACUAUGUCACUUUUUAAAAAUAAACCUAUCCUAAGGAAUUCUAAUUUUACUGUCUUUAGAAUGACAUGAAUCAUCUGACAAACCUGGAUUUUUAAUGGAUUAUAUGAGCAUAAAAAUGACAAAACAGAGAUUUUAAGGUUCCUUCAUGGGACUCAUUUUUGAGAGGUGUGGGGACCAAGCAAAGAAAGGGAAUCUCUGUGGCUGUUACAGAACACUUCAGUUUUUUUGUUUGUUUGUUUUUUAAUUUGACACAGAGAGAGAGAGAUCACAAGUAGGCAGAGAGGCAGGCAA